AUGAUCGCCGGCGAUUCCAUGAGCCACGGCCAAGAGGGAGAUUUCACCUGGCGGUACAGGUUGUGGCAAUGGCUUCGCCAAGAACAAGUCAACUUCGAAUUCGUCGGUCCCUGCAGCGGUACCAAGAAGCGGGACAAAUCGCAACCUCCGAGUCCACCUCCAUUCGCAGAUGAGCCACCCCCAAAAGAAGCGCCAGAUCCCUGUGCAUUCGACGGCGGCGGCUAUGCAGACGGCGUCCAAUUUGGCUCCUGUCACCUCUCACGCUGGGGAAAACAGGCUGCCCAAUGUGUUGACGAGGUGAAUCAGCAGAUAGCACGAUUCGAACCGGACUAUCUUCUCGUCUUCCUCGGAUUCAAUGAUUUGGGAUGGGGCGUUUCUGGACCAGAGACUUUGAUCGAUGUGAUGAAGAGACUGGUGCACAACGCCCGCGAUGCGAAGCCGUCACUCAAACUCGCCAUUGCCAACAUACCGCAACGCACUCCGAUAGACGGGACGGAACACUUGGCAGAAAUGGUCGACACCUACAACAAACAGAUCCCUGCAUCAAUCUCGGCCUGGGAUAGCAAAGAGUCCUCUGCAAGGCUGGUCAAAGUUCGAGAAGCCUACGAUUGUUUCGCUGGCAGCUACGACGGUAUACAUCCCAAUGCCCUGGGAGAGUUCCAGAUUGCCAAAGCCUUCUCUCAGGUCUUGGUAUCUGAGUUUGGUAUUGGAGCAAAAGAGCUUUCCGUUCCGCCACAAAUUCCCAAGAGACCAACUCCAGUGCCGAAGUACGUUGCUGCAAAAGCCGUGUCUUACGGAAUUGCAGUCACAUGGGACCACGUUUAUGGCGCUAUUGGUUACGACGUGAGGAGUCGCAAUAGCGAUGACUCGGAGUGGGACUACUGGCGGAAAACCAGCAAUCGGCAUGACACUAUGAACGUCCAAGACGGUGUCAAAUAUGAAUACCAGAUUCGGACGUACAACGGCGAAAGCAGCGGCGAAGAAGUUACAUCAGAAUGGUCGCCCGUUGCGGCAGCCGUUGCAAGUCCAAAGGCAGCCCCAGGCCCGACUGAUAUCAUCGUGACCCCUGGCGUCUCGGAACUUGUUCUUGAAUGGCAACAGCCAUACGGGCAGUGGAUCAUGGAUCGUUAUGAGGUUCAAGUCUUCGAUGCAUCCGCUUUCUUGACUUUCCCGCUUGUACGGGGCGUCAGGGGUAAUCGCGAUACCAUUUCCAACGAUGAGCUGAUAUCGGGACAUCGCUAUGCAGUGCUCAUCCGAGCCUGGACUCAAGAAGGUCCCGGAAGUUUUGCAACGGGUCGCAACUUCAUCGCAGGCCACGGAAGGCCCAUUGAGCCAAUGAAUCUACAGGCUGAAACCACAGACUCAGUCACGGCGAAACUCACCUGGAAGCCGUCACAGUACGCAUCAAGUUAUCGUGUAUGGGUACGUAAAUAUGGGGAGGAAUUCGAGUUCGACGUCGAUGGGGAGACGGAGGAUACGGAAUACGGAGUCACGUUUCUGAUUCCAGGCGCAUGGAACUUUGAGUUCUCCGUAUCGGCAUUCAAUGGUAAUCUGGAGUCACCCAAGUCAGGGUCGGUUGUUCCUCCAAGACGCGAAGUAGAGCUCUGA